AUGGCCAACCAAAGUGUUGUGACUGAAUUCCAGCUUCUAGGAUUCUCUGACAUUCCAGAGCUGCACAUUUUACACUUUCUGGGCUUUUUGCUUAUCUAUGUGGCAGCCUUGGUUGGGAAUCUUCUCAUGAUAACUAUUGUAAUCCUCAACCAACAUCUUCACACUCCGAUGUAUUUUUUUCUGGCUAACUUAGCUGUCAUUGAUCUCAGUUUCAUCUCUGUCACGGUGCCCAAUGCCUUGGCCAAUUCUCUGAUGAACACCAGGCGGAUCUCCUAUUUUGCAUGCAUGGCACAGGUCUUCUUCUUCUUUUGGGCAGGGGCGUCGGAACUCUUCCUCCUGUCGGUCAUGGCCUACGAUCGCUACGUCGCCAUCUGCAAUCCCCUCAACUAUGUGAAAGAAAUGAACAUGGGAGUCUGCAUAAAACUGGCUGCCAGUGCAUGGAUGUUUGGGAUGUUGGACGCCACCCUGAACACCGUGUGCACAUUUGCAAUUACCUUCUGCUCCAAUGUCAUCAACCAGUACUUCUGCGAAAUCCCGCAGCUGCUGAAGCUCUCCUGCAACAACUCCUACUUCAUGGAAAUGGGAGCUCUUAUCUUUACUGCACUGAUGUGUAUGACCAGUUGUGGUUUAACCACUGUUUCCUAUGUGCACAUUUUCAGAGCUGUGUUUAAUAUGCCUUCAACACAGGGAAGAAAAAAGGCCCUAACUACCUGCCUGCCACACCUUGCCGUGCUCUGUUUGUUCUAUUUCUCCGGGCUCUACGCUUGCCUGGGGUCAACCUUUCGGACAUCGUCAGGUUUAGACCUUCUUCUUGCCAUGCUGUAUUCAAUGGUCCCUCCUUUUAUGAACCCCCUCAUCUAUAGCAUGAGGAACAAGGACAUCAUAGCCAUACUUUGGAAGCUUUCACAUAAAAACAAAAAUCUAAGUUCCAUUUAG